AGUUAUCUCAUUGCAGUCGUGGUAGUGGCAGUCAGACUUAGGAAACAUUCCAGAAAGAUCUGCCUGAUUAUUGGUUCUGGUGUGUCCGUGAUAAGGGCCUUGGCUCUUUCCAGUACUAGGUGUGGUGGUGACGUUAAACCUGCCUAGCCCAGUCCUGCUGUUUGUAGUUUUUAAAUGUCACUACGUGAGCGGAUUCACUGUGUAAACGGAGUCUUCAACAGAGUCUUCUCUACGCCUCUCUCUGUCCGUCUGCUCCAGAAGCUCUGGCUGGGCUCUGUCUGGGUGCUAUGGUUUCGGGAAGAUGGAAUCAACGUUGCACUGGGACUGGCCGCAGGCUACCUUUUUGGUGCCAUGGCAACCGAAGUGAUGAAAAUCCUGGGCGUGGCAGUCACCACACCAUGGUUACAGGAGACCAUAGCCAACAGUGAUGAACCUCAGUGCGGCUUCCUGGUAAUAGUGUUCCAUAUGGGCACCGUUGCAGUGCUGUUUGCAUUUCUACUGGCGAGUCUGACGGGACCCUCGGCCUACAGGGCUAUGGGACACCACAGGGGAGAGGUGUCCAGGGAUAUGGGAGAGCACAGGGGAGAGGUGUCCAGGGUUAUGGGACACCACAGGGGAGAGGUGUCCAGGGAUAUGGGAGAGCACAGGGGAGAGGUGUCCAGGGAUAUGGGAGAGCACAGGGGAGAGGUGUCCAGGGCGAAAGCCCUCUGCCUGGCUGCUACAGCUGCUCUUCUAGGACUCACGGUGUCUGGAGCCACUGUGGGCGCCAUAGAAGGGAAAAUGGCCGAGACAUUUCACAUCGUUUUCAUAUAUUUUGUAAUUCCUCUGUUUCAAAUAUCGUGUCAGAUGAUGUUUCUUACUUUUAUGCGCUUUUGUGAAUUUAAUUCUGUUGUCCAAAGUUCCAUCCUUGCGAUAUUUGCUGUGUUUUAUCCAAGUUCUUUAAUGUGUGUUUUCACAGUAACUUCAACUUCCUUAGGACCAGGUUUAAGCUUGACAGUCAUCAUACUAUUAGCUGCACUGCAUUUGUUGCUUAUCUGUCCUGUCUCAUCAGGCGCAAACUGCAUACCUUGCUUUAGUCUGCUGCUUACCAUGCUAGCAGCCAGAAACGUCUUACACGAUGGGGAGUUUUUGUCCAUAAACCCAAACGUGAACGUGACGGUGAACACACACAUAGUUGAGGGCAUCUUCACUGGCAUGAUGGGGACACAACUGUUAGCUGUGGGCGUUGGGGCAUAUCUGCUCUUAUCAUUGGAUAUCAGGGAGGGGGGUAGAUUGAUACACCAGGCUCAGGUGGAGUGGGCUAAGGGGGUGGCUGUGGAGGGCAGGGGGGCAGCUGGUGCUCCUACUGGGGCAGUACCACGGGGCAGUUAG